AUCAGCAUCAAGCUUGUCACCCCGCAACUCUGCGCACGCGUCACGAGCGUUGACUUACUCAGCACCGGCGCAUUGCUGCGCCCAUCUACUCACAGAGUACUUGGUGUGCUUUGCAGCACACGGCAUCCACCAUGCGCCGCCUCCUCGCGGUCCUAGCAGCAACGCAUGCCCUUGACAUGAAACAAGCGCCGCGGCGCAUGCUCAGGAAUGCCCUGGGCAACACGGCGGCGGCCCUCGGCGCGGCGUCCCUCGUCCUCCACCCGCUGCCUUCACUCGCGGCGAAGCCCUCGAACGCCGCGAGUAGUGCUGGCUCGCGCGUCAACAAGGACCCCCAGUCGCUACUGCGGAACGGCCUGCCUAUUGAUGGACAGAUCGGCUCGGCCACCAAAAAAAUGGACGUGCGGCAGCUCCAAUCGGCUGUGGAGCUGCUCGGCGACGAUUUGAAGGUCAAAAGAAUUUCGGCGGCGAAGAACGACGUCCAGAAGGCCGCUACUAUCUUGAAUUCGAAAGCCAAGGACAUCGCCAAGGGCAACGGUGAUAUCGCGAAGUUGCUGGACGAAGUAAGAACCAACUUGGACGCCUUACCGGCCAUCCUGGCGGACACGGGACCCGCCGGAAGCCCGCAGGAGCGCGAGUCGCUCGAUAAGGCUGGUGCCGCGCAGCAGCGCUGUGCUUCCUUGAUAGGUUCUGCAGAAGCUAGGUUAGUACCUCCAGGCUUCAAAUAUUCAACACCGGACGAGUACAAGGGCGUCCCCCGCCUCGAUACGAGAGCGCGCGUCCGCUUCACUUUACGAAAAGCGGACAAAUCCGACACGUUCAAAGUCAACGGCCAAGGCUACAGUAAAGCUGUUAUUGAUAUGAUUGUGGACGGCUAUACCACACCUUUGACGUCCGGGAACUUUGUCGACUUGGUGAAGAAGGGCUUCUAUGAUGGCAUGGCCAUCCAGCGGUCGGAUGGCUUCGUCGUGCAGACGGGCGACCCCGAUGGGCCCGACGGGCCGUUGGUGGGCUACGGCGACCCGGUGAGGAGGGUACCGCUCGAGCUGUUUGUGGAUGGGGACAAGGCGCCGACCUACGGCGAGACGACGGAGGAAGGCUCUAGGGGAGGGGCGGCCACAGUAUUACCGUUCCAGGCGUACGGCGCUUUGGGCAUGGCGCGCGACGAGUACGAGGCCGACUCGGCCUCAAGCCAAUUCUUCUGGCUGCUCUUCGACUCGGACCUGACGCCGGCGGGCAAGAAUUUGUUAGAUGGGCGCUACGCGUGUUUUGGGUAUUCCGUGGAGGGCGAGGACUUCCUCGGCGCGGUGCAGGAGGGCGACGUCAUCGAGUCUGCAAAAGUGCUGGGCGUGGGCAUCGACCCCUAGGUGGCGCGUAAGGAGCGCGUGGCGGAUUCCCUACCUAGCGAGUCAUUAUGUGAACAUUAGUCUAGUAGAGAGCUAGGUUGGCAUUUACCUG